AUGCGUUCUCAAAACGAAGCAGACGACAGAGAGCGGAUGCGCGCUUUGCGAGAACGGCUGGAGACGUUUCGUACUACGAAUACGAACACCACGAAUACACAGCAAGAACAUUUACGACGGAGAGGAGGCGAGGAGGAGCUUUUCCAUGAUGAUGGAUUUAAGGGAAGAGAAUUGGUGGUAAGUCCGGUGAGGAGGAUAAAAACGACUCUGACGACGAGGAGAGGAGGAGAAGACAAGCACGAAAAAGGAAAUAUUAACAACAACGGUGAAUGCGAGGACGAAUUCGGGUUUUCGGCGCGAUCGCCGCCGCAUUCGCAUUCGCAUUCGCCGAGGAUAUCUGCGAAUUUAAAUUUGGGAAAGCCGAGGCGGAUUCCGAUUGGUGUCGUUGAAACCGCCGAAGGAGGCGCGAAGAAGAAGGAUCCGAGACGACGACCUCCUCAGCAGAAUACGACGAAUCAUAAUCGCGGCGAUGAUAGAAACACUACUAGCAGUAGCAAAGAUAAUUUAGGCAAUUUUCUUCGUUACCAAAAAGAAACGAGACAAAGAAAAGACGCCGAGUUUGCCGUCGCUUCGGCGGUGGAAUCCGCUCGAUCGAAGAUAUUUAUGGAAGUGACGAACUUUUUGAACGAGGAGUUGUUACCCGAAGACGCGGACGUGGUUUCGGUGGCUAUAUGUCAGAAAUUUGCGGAACUCGCCGUGCGCAAUCAAAGGUUAGUGAGGUCGGCGAGCGAGGCGAGAGAGAUUAUCGACCGAUUGUCCGCUGAGUUAAAUUCUUUCCGCGAUUCGUGCGAGCAAUGA